GGCCACAGCAGCGAACAGUGAGCUCUCCAGGCGGAGGACAGCCCUCAACCUGUAUGUGCACGCUCACUUCAACCACUUGUAUUGAGCAGCCUCUUUUCAUCACUCGUUGCCAUUCAUUUGGGGUAGUGGCGGUAAAAGAAACAAGAACGACGUGGGACUGACUUGGUAUCAGUCCCUGUAGGAGGAUGGAGAUAGACAAGAGGACGAAUGGGUUCGACUACCCGGAGAGAAACAACGCAAAGCCGGUUAACGGCUUUUAUGGGGACCACUCACUAGAGCCGGAAAAUAAUGACAGCAUGGAUGAUCCAGCUGAGCAACGGACUUGCCUUAUCUGCGGAGAUCGAGCCACAGGCCUACACUAUGGCAUCAUUUCCUGUGAAGGCUGCAAGGGUUUCUUCAAGCGCAGCAUUUGCAACAAGCGCGUGUACCGAUGCAGUAGGGACAAGAACUGUGAGAUGUCACGCAAGCAACGCAACCGCUGCCAGUAUUGCCGCCUACUCAAGUGUCUGCAAAUGGGGAUGAACCGCAAAGCAAUCAGAGAGGAUGGCAUGCCAGGAGGGAGGAACAAAAGCAUUGGGCCAGUUCAGAUCACGGAGGAGGAGAUUGAGCGUAUCAUGUCAGGCCAGGAAUUCAAGGAGGACGCCCCAGAGCACACAUGGGGCAACAAUGGCGACAGCGACCACAGCUCUCCCAGCAACGGAGCUUCUGAGGGCAACCAGCCUUCACCUGCCUCCACACUGUCUUCCAAUCGCUCCAUCGAGAUGAACGGCUACACAGCAGCCCUCAGAGAUCAGUACAUCAACACCUCCAUGUCAACACACUACCAGCUUCUGCCACACCUCUUCAGUUAUGCUGCCCAGUCUGGUCUGCUGGCCCCCCAGCCCCGCAGCCUUUACCCGCAGUCCCAUCCAUUAGUGCUGCAGCUGGUGGCGGCUGAAGACCUGGCCCCACUGACCACCCCUAUGCUGAUAGAAGAUGGCUACAAGGUAACACAGGUGGAGCUGUUUGCCUUGCUGUGUCGCCUGGCAGAUGAGCUGCUCUUCCGUCAGAUCUCAUGGAUCAAGAAGUUGCCUUUCUUUUGCGAGCUCUCCAUCGAGGACUACACCUGCCUGCUCAGCUCCACUUGGCAGGAGCUCAUCCUGCUCUCCUGUCUCACAAUAUACAGCGCCCAGAUCUUCGGGGACCUGGCCAAUGUCACGGCCAAGUACACGCCAUCUGACGACGAGCUGCAGGGUUUCAGUGAGGACGGCAUGGAGGUGAUGGAGAGGCUGAUCUAUCUCUUUCGCAAAUUCCACCAGUUGAAGAUCAGCAAUGAGGAGUAUGCCUGCAUGAAAGCAAUCAACUUCCUAAACCAAGAUAUCAGAGGACUUUCAAACAUCUCUCAGCUAGAGCAGCUGAACAAGCGCUACUGGUAUGUGUGCCAGGACUACACCGAGUAUAAGUACCCGCACCAGCCCAAACGCUUUCCUGAGAUCAUGAUGUGUCUACCAGAGAUCCGCUGCAUCGCAGGGAAGCUGGUCAAUGUUCCUCUGGAGCAGCUCCCCCUCUUGUUCAAGGCAGUCUUGCACUCCUGCAAAUCCAGUCUGACCAGCUACAGGACCGGCCCGUCACCCUGCGUGACCACCUCCUCUGGAAAUUAGAGGCCUCCCUGACCCUGACCGCAUAACCAACAACCCUCUCCCAAUCAAACCUCCAACCCCACUCCCACCCCCACCCCCACCCCUCAGCUGAAUACCCCACCCCCUCCCCCACCCUCAAGGCGAGGGAAUGGUCUCACCUCCAAUGAAUGUGACAAGCAGCUAGUGUUUUUUUUUCUUUUCCUUUUUUUUAAAUGACUUUUUCUUUUUAUAUUUAUUACACGACAGAGCUGAAUGUAUGCUGAUUUACACUGUGCACAUGCUUCUGUACAAAACAAAUGCUCAUAGAUGCAUUGGUCUUUGGAGUUUACAAGUGUGUAUCCAGUUUGCUCAAUGUGUCAGUGUUGCCAUUGUUCAAGCGAGACUAAAAGAAGAAGAAAAAAAGAGUUUAUUUUAUUCGGAUGGGGGAAGAUAGACACACGUAACAAGUGAUUUGAGACUACCUCAGGAAGAUGUUAUCGCUAUUUCCCUGGUGUUAAUAAAGAGUUGCCCAGUCUUAUACACAAUUCCGAUGGAUGCUUUGGCACCUCAAUCAAGAGCCUGAAUGUUCAAUGGAGCUGUGUAAAUCAAACAUGAAGAAGUGGUGAGGUUUUAGGAAUAGAUAGUGGAAAAAGAUGAGCUACUUGAGCUGCACGGACUCUUGGACAUUCUGCUUAUGGGAGACGUACAACUUUCCAUGAGUGAAGGUGAAAACUACUUGGAUCAGUGGGAUCUUCUUUAGAAAAGGAGUAUACGGGUAUUUUUUCACAAUCAAAGACUUGAGCUAUAAGGCUUUAUUGCAAGGGUAAGGGAGGAUAGCUAGCUUUGCUGUUUGUUAGAUUUUUUGUUUGACCAAAGUAUUAUGCAAUGCUUUUUUUUUUCCAUCUAUCUUUCUUUUUUUUCCAAAAUGCCCAUUGAUGGGUGUGGAGCUGAUAGCUCGACAAACCAUUUCUUGUCAAUGAAGGAUAAGUAUAAGAAAUGAAUCAAUCUUGAUCCGAGGGCAAGACCCUCUGAUGGACAGAUGAGCACAUUGCCAGAUUUCCUCCCAAAUGCUGCUGCCGCUGCUACGCCUGCACCCUCACAUGCAUUCAGCAGAUAUGAAUUUGUGUCAUUUGGAGGGAAACUAACAACUGAUCAGCAGUUCUCGUUCAAUAACUUCAUCAGCCAGUUGUCAUGAAGGUACCCCAAUGCACAUCGGCCUAGCAAAGACUUGUUGCUAUUAUUAGACGUGUAUCUGGUCCUUUCAAGUCCAAUCACAAUUUUUUUUUUUUUUUUUUUGCACAGACCCAAAACCAGAAGAAGAUUAGAUUCGACCUGAAUCAAACUCUGUAUCAGGUCACUGUCUAAACUGGUGCACAGUGAGUUGGAUUGGGACGAUUGACUCCACGGACUAGGAAAUGAAUGUUUAUGUGCUGAUUCAAGUUCAGCCACAAAGAUUGCAGAUAAUCAUUUUAUGAUGUGCUGAUAUGAUUUUAGUGUGAUUGAUUUGGUGUCGAGCAGUGACUGGAGCUCAGGCCCUUGCUCUCUGUGUGACAGAUAUGCACAUUCUUGCAGAAAAUGGUGCUUAAUUUUGGAGCUGCUUGAGCGUCUUCUGCGAUGCCUCUGGUUUUUAGCAGUUUCAUGUUGUACAAACCAUUUGAAAUGCAGACAAAAAAAUGCAGUCAUUGCAACAACUCUCUUUUAUUUUUAUUUUUUAUUUUUUGCACACAUGGUGACGUUCAGAGACCUUGACCUCGGCCGCUGCCCGCCCAGUGUGUUCCUCUCUCAGGCCUCUCUCGGCCUGGAUCGAAACAGGGUAAAGUGAGUGUUAUGUACGCAUUCAGGAGUUGCUCCAGCGACCAUGCUGAUGUGCUUGUUGUGUUAGUAGACUUAGUUUUCAGGACAUAGAAGGUCCUCUGUAGGUAAAAAAGUUUCCGCUUGAUUUGCAUAGGAUGGUCAUCCCGCUGCCUUUUUGCGGGUGAAAGUGGAUAUAAGUUUGGAAGUGAAACAACACGGUUUGGGGGGGGGGGGAGGGCUGUGGGCCGAUUGUCCCUCUUUCAACAUUUGCAACGAGCACCGCGAGAUCCAGGCGCAUCUCCAGACUGUUCGCUUGUCCCAAUGUUGCCGUUUUCAGCCACGGCCCUGUGUGCAUCUGCGGCCUUAACGCUACCACCGGCAGUGCGGUGUUUCUCCUUCAAAUGCUUCACUUCUCUUUUCAUCUUUGAAUUUUUUUACAUUUUCGUGUACAGUACCUAUGUAGUGAUUUUGAUUAUUUUGCGUUGUUCUUUUUCUCAUGUAUUCAUUCUUUUUUUCGAAUGAGGAUGACUCCUCAUUUUCUGUCUCUUAACUUUUUUUUGUGGACUUGGUAUAAGACGCAUUCCCUUCGUGCACAGCGGUUUAUGAAAGCGUUACUCAGGGGUUGUGAUGCCAUCACACCUUUUUAUCCGACGAUAUGGGCAUUUAGGAACCUUUCACGUAUUACUUGAUCUGUAAAAUCAGGUGUUGUGGGAUCACUUCGGAAUCCGAACUGGCAUUCUGUUUCUUCCGUUUUCUGCAGCUGCAAAGUUAUUGAAAUGCAAGCAUUUGUUUCACAUCAGUUUCAAUGGAAACCGUGCAGAUCGAGUCAGUAAAUCGCCUUAGUUUGACUCAACACUGGAUACGUGACCAUUUGGUGAUGGAGGUCAUCCAUUUUCUCGAGUAAUCAUUGAAAUGCCCGUGAAUCUUAGUAAACGCAUUUCAAGUGAACACACAAUUAGCGUGACGAUAACGCACACACGGGUAAAUCUCUUCUACAUAGCUGUUUUAUGGCCUAUUCGGAGUUUGUGAUCUGAGGUGAACCGCUCAUUUUCAAGCACAUAUAGCCCAGUGAUUGAUUGGUGCGUCAUGUGAAAUGCAAAGGAACACACUUCACUCCGCUAAGCUCCCUCGGCAGCUACAGGAGCCUCUUAAACGGAGCAAUAUUGAUGCCGUUGAAGGAGAUGAGAAAAGUUCAGGGUGGCCAACAAAACAGGCCGCUACCAACUCUCUUUUCUCAAAGUAACUUCAGGAAUGCAUUGAACAUCACACAUAUCUGAGAUCUGACUGUGGAAAAAAAAAGAUCUGAAGGGAUAUUUUUCCUUUGAUGUAGCAUCCUGCUACUCAACUCAAAUAACUCAUCUCCAUCCACUGCCCUGUUGUUGCCAAUUUCUGUCAUAAUGUGAUAGACAUGAUAAUGGGGUUUUUUUCUUUUUCCUUUUUAUUUUUUGGACCCAAGAAAAAAUGUCAUUUGUAAUAUCUGUGCUGAAACUACCUCUUUGUCAUCAUUUUAUUUACACUUCAUAUAGGUGAUUUUGUUUUGGUCUUAUUUAUUGGAUUCAUUUUCUCUUCACUCGUUUCAUCCAGUGACCUCUCAGAUUCAUGAAAGUGCUUCAAACCUGACGAUUGUAACUUUUUCAGCAUGUUGCCGCAUGCUUCACUCUACCUCACACUUGCUGCUGUUUGUCUCUGUCAGCCGGCUAAUUUUUCCUGACCUCUGGCUGGAACACAAAAACAAUUUUUUUUUAAUCUCUAUUUUCAGAGAUCUUCGUUUACCUCACCCCUUUGUUUGAUUUUUAAUUCACGUCAUCUAUUGUUUCCCAUUCUGCCAUGUUAUCAUGAAUCCAAAACCAAAGAUGAAAGAAUGUCCAGGACAAUGUCAACACACUGAUUGUUAUUCACGUGAAGCAUUCCCGCCGCCCUCAUGCAAUGCUUGAUUUUCCUGUGUUUACCUUGUUUGUUUGUUUGUUUUAAAAGAGCUCCCAAUCUUGUGAAUGGCAGUUGGCCGUGUGUGGAUCCAUGAUAUUCUACACGUCAUGGAAGGCAUGUGUUUUUUUUUGUUUUUUGUUUUGCUAUUGAGCUACGUGAUUGCUGUUCACCAUUCAAGGCAACACGGAGUUCACAACGUGGCUGCUUAUCAUAUCUGAUGCCGCUUUUGAUUGAUUAUCAAUCAGUCAAUGUAAUUGUGGUCACGCUGACAUCUCCUCGUGUUUACGUGCUUCCACCCUCGGUCGAGUGAUCCUGGCACUGUGGCACGAGACGACUGCGGCUUUUAUCACUGGGUUUCGAUUCACACGGGCUCCUGAAUAGAAGCGGCAGCUUUACUUGCUGAUCAUGAUAGUAAUGUGACAUAAUAAGGAGAGGUUAAUGGAGAAGGACCUACUGGGAUGGUUAUUAGCUCAUUUUACUCUGUAUUUAAUGCCACCAAUCUAUCACCAUUUAAAAAGUGUUUUGUGUUUUAGCUUCCUGUAUGCUUAAUUUUGCCCGUCGUGUAGAAAGUGUCCAACCCCAGUGAUGCGACGUUUUCAAAGCCCGUUUCCCAGGAGCACAAGGUGAGGGGAGUCUGGGGCUGAAGUAAAAAAGAAUUGUGAACGUAAAUAUCUCAGGGAAUACAUUUAUUUACACACUGUUGUUUACUGUGAACAGACAAUUGAAACUGCUUCGUGUUUUUCUCUUCAGAAAUCUUGUCUGCUCUUGUUACUUUUACUACCUGUGAAAAAAUGUGAUCCAUUAUGUGUUAAAAGCAUGUUUAGAAUGUGUUAGGAAAUAAAAACCAAAUAAAUGUGAACGUUAUGCAAGCAUAA